GCCGCUUUUUUUUUUUAAGAGCUGCCAGUCUUCCACGGCCCGUGCUCCCAACGCCAGGGCCAGCCGUCACGUCACGUCUCGCUCCCACUGUACUAUCCCGCACCUCCCUCCGACUCCGAGCGUGGGGCUUCACCAGACCAAGAACACGCCAAGCCCGACGCUCCCAGGACCACGCCGCCCAAGCCGUCGAGCAAAUCCGCGAUGCACAAGUGGUGGCGCAGCCCCGGGCCCGCCCUGCUCGCCGCCGCACUGGCGAUCGUGGUGGCCGCGCUGCGGCCGGCGACGGAGCACGCGGCCGCCAAGGGGCGACCGCCGCUGCGGUUCGGGCCAGGAGGAGCGUUCAAGGUGGCCCUGUUCGCGGACCUGCAUUACGGCGAGGACGCGUGGACGGACUGGGGGCCCGCGCAGGACGCCGCGUCCGACCGCGUCAUGGCCGCCGUCCUCGACGCCGAGAACCCAGACUUGGUGGUGUACCUCGGCGACCUGGUGACGGCCAACAACCUCCCGGUCCCGAACGCGAGCCUGUACUGGGACCGCGCCGUCUCCGCCGCCCGAGGCCGGGGCGUGCCGUGGGCGACGGUGUUCGGCAACCACGACGACAUGGCCUUCGAGUGGCCGCCCGAGUGGUUCUCCCCCGACGGCGUCCCGCCGCUGCGCUGGCCGCCGGGUCCAGGAUCAGGGUGCGGCUUCCGUGGGACUCCCCGGACGGACCUCAUGGCGGCGGAGACCGGCGCGAACCGGCUGCUGUCCUACUCGUCCAGCGGGCCCAGGGAGCUGUGGCCCGGCGUCUCCAACUACGUCCUGCAGGUGCUCUCGCGGGGACGGCGGGCCCGCGGCGACGGUCACGACCACGACCCGGCUCUGCUCAUGUACUUCCUCGACUCGGGCGGCGGGUCGUACACCGAGGUGGUGUCCAGCGCGCAGGUCAGGUGGUUCCACACCCAGUCUCAGUUCCUGAAUCCAGAUGGAAGGAUCCCCGAGCUCAUCUUCUGGCACAUACCGAGCACGGCGUACGCCAAGGUAGCUCCGAAGGCCAAGUCUGAGAUAAGGAAGCCCUGCGUCGGCUCCAUCAACGAGGAGGAAGUGGCGCCGCAGGCAGCUGAAUGGGGCAUGAUGGAUGCGCUCGCCAAGAGGUCGUCGGUGAAGGCGGUGUUUGUUGGGCACAACCACGGGCUGGACUGGUGCUGCCCCUACGACGGCGAGGAGCGGGAGCAGGAGCUGUGGCUGUGCUUCGCACGGCACACGGGGUACGGGGGAUACGGUGACUGGCCCAGAGGAGCGAGGAUCCUUGAGGUCACGGAGGAGCCAUUCUCGGCCGUGUCAUGGAUACGGAUGGAGAACGGGACCAGGCACAGCGACGUUACACUAACCUCCUGAAUCCAUCUGCCUGCUUGAUUCUCUUGUACAAUGUACAGUAUAGAGGAUAUUUCUUUAUAUAUAUAAACAACGUAUAUAAAUAUAACAACACCAAAAAUAAGAGCACCGGAGGACAUAGUAUAUGGCCCCCGGUAGUUUCUUAAAGGGCUAGUUUGAAAGCCACGAAAUCGAAGAAAAUUUGGAGCGGCUAAAAUUCUCUCUUUAUUCAAAAUUAAAAUUAAAUAAAGAAAGAAUUUUAGCCCCUUCAAUUCUCUAUGGAUUUUAGACUCUCAAACUAGACCUAAAAUAUUUACUUGUUUUUGUAGAAAUUUUGGCUCGUCUUCACAAUGCUAUUUCGCCGCCAUUUCUCUCCGCCAAACAGGUCAAAAAAAGUGUU